GUCAAUUACAUUCUUUUGUCCUCUCUCUCAUAAUCAAGUUAAUCAUUUAAAAGAUCAUACAGCAGCACCCAUAAAGCGAAAACAGACAAAUAUGUCCACCCUCGCAGAACAAACGACUGAUACCCAAGGCCCUUCUUGCCUGCCGACCGAACUCCAGCCUCAGGCAACCAACAACCCCACUUCUUCUGUAUUUUCCCGGGCCGAGGAUGUGCCGGUGUACAAUGUUCCAAUGAGAGUCAUCAACCGGCCUCUCCCCAGUGAGCUAGAUGAGAAUAAAGUGAAAACUUUCAUGGCCGAAAUGGAGCGCGGUGACCCUUUCACCCCGAUAGAAAUCGUUAAAGUCAAGGCGCCACUCAAGACUGAUCCUACAGGGACCCCCCAAGUCUUCUAUUUCGCCAUGGGAGGGUGUCACAGAUACGAAGCUACUAAAAGAUUGGGAUGGGAAACAAUAAGAGCGAGGAUUAUUGAUGUUCCUGCCAAUCAGAUGAGAAUUUAUCUGGGGGCUGGGUCGCCUUUCUAGAUGUUAUGAGUUUGACGCCUAGAUGCCUAAUCAAUGUAUGAAUGCCUUUUCCUAUGUCAGAACUAGCAAGAGA